GGGGGCCGGCUGGCGGUGGGGGGCCACCGGGGCGGCUAUUAAAGGGGCUCCUCUCCCCCGUCCCCCCAGCCGACCGGAGGAGCCGACCGCCUAGGCCGCGGAGCCGUCGCCUCACCACCCUCCUUGGGCCGGAGCCAGCCGCUGACCGCUGGAAGGGAAGAAGAAGGAGAAGGAGAAGAAGCCGGAGGGAGACGGACAAUCGGACGGACUGACCAUGAAGACGCUCCUUCUCCUGUCUUUCCUGGUUGUCCUGGCGGCCACCACAGUUGGGGGCUAUGAGUCCCACGAGAGCAUGGAGUCCUACGAGAUAAACCCGUUCAUCCCCAGGAGGAAUGCCAACAGCUUCAUAGUCCCGCGCCAGAGAUGGAGGACCCGCGCCCAGGAGAGGGCCCGGGAACUGUCGAAGCCCAGCUACGAGAUCCAACGUGAGGUCUGCGAUGACUACCCUCUGUGCCAGCGCUAUGCCCGCAAUUACGGUUACCGGGCAGCUUAUACCCGCUACCCCGGGGGCUUUCGCAUGCAUUGAAGGCCCAGUAGCCCUCGGGACCCCAACAGUAGCCCCCCGCUGGUCCCUUUGCCACCCCGAAGCCUUGAUGGUCCCAGACCAGAGCCCACCUUCCCGGCUUAGGCCUUCCCUUGGCUGGCAGGGCAAGGUGGGCGAUGCACCCUUUGGAAGGGGGGUCUUCCCCAAUAAACUCCCUCUUCCAGACA